CGCCGAGCGGCUGCAGGGAGCGAGUCCGAGCAGCGGAGCCCCGGUGCAGCAUGACUGCUAUAGCCGUGCAGGCCCAGAGGCUGCUGGGCCAAAGGAGGCCCCACCGGUCCUUCUUUGAAUCCUUCAUCCGGACCCUCAUCAUCAUGUGUGCUGCUCUAGCUGUGGUCCUGUCCUCUGUCUCCAUCUGUGAUGGCCACUGGCUCCUGGCUGAGGACCGCCUCUUUGGACUAUGGCACUUCUGCACCAACUCCAACCAUACUGGGACACACUGCCUCAGAGACCUGAGUCAGGCCGGCAUACCAGGGCUGGCUGUGGGCAUGGUCCUGGCCCGCAGUGUGGGCACCUUGGCUGUGGUGGCUGCCAUUUUUGGCCUGGAGCUCCUCAUGGUGUCCCAGGUGUGUGAGGACCUCCACUCACUGCGCAAGUGGGCCCUGGGCUCCGUCCUCCUCCUCAUCUCGUUUGUCCUCUCCUCUGGGGGGCUCCUGAGCUUUGUGAUCCUCCUCAGGAACCAGGUCACGCUCACUGGCUUUACCCUGAUGUUCUGGUGCCAGUUCAUUGCCUCCUUCCUCUUCUUCUUGAAUGCCAUCAGUGGCCUUCACAUCAACAGCAUCGCCCAUCCCUGGGGCCAACUAAGGAAACUUUAGGGCCAACUCUCUAAGGACAUCUCGUUCUACAAGCAAGUGCGGCCAGGAUGGGACUUUUCCAAUACAUGACCUCUGGUGGGGGUAGGAGUGGGACAGUGACCUUGAAACUGCUGACUCUUACCCAAUAACCUUUGGGUGGGCAGCCAGAAAUGGCCCAGGGGCAUUUGGCCAAGGCCAGAGGCCAGGAAGAUGCCUCAGUUUCACCAGCUUCACAGGCUUAGUGAAGUUGUUAGGUUGUACAAUAGAUUGUAGAACACGUUUUAAAAUCCUCUUCUGAAUCUUGCUUCCCAGGACAGGGAUAGAUUUGGAAGCAGCUCUGGUAACUGGUGCCUGGACCGGCGGCACAGCCAAGUGCUGUUCACACCUGUUUUAUGGCUCUCGGGGUUGCAAAGAGUGGAUCAUUCUUCCAACUAAGGAUGUCCCAUCAGUGCCUAGGGCUCUCUUUUACCAACUCAGAGGACCUUUGUGCAUGUUUCCCUGGUUUAGCAUUGGUUACACGAGGGAGGCUGAGUGCAGGAUUCCCUCAGAAUUUCUUGCAUGUGGUAGGUUUUCAAACGUUACUUGAUGCAACCCCUGCCCUUUGGGGAACCCCAUAAUCCCUGCCUAAGCCCAGCUUCCAGCAGCUGGCUGUCUCCUCUGGGGACUCUGCCUGUGAGAAUCCUGCCUGAACUCUUUGAGAAGAGUUUUUGAGUAAGUCUUCCAGAAAAACGCACCUGAUUCUAAUGCACAGCCCUCCCUGAGGCGAGUGUGUGUCCAUCUUUGGUGAGGAUCAGACAGCCUCAGGGUACCAGUUUUGAUCCCAGAACACAUCCAAAGAGCACAUGUCUGGACCUGCUGGACCUUGGGUAAUGAUUCAUAAACAUCCUAAAGAUGAGUACAUGUGAAGGGAACCAGGAACCUGUAAAGAUUUCCAUCCUUGGCAGCAGAUGAGUGUUUUUGUGCAUUAAACUGCCCCCUUUCCAGUCCAUUUUUGGCCUCAGCCCAUUUUAUUCCACACUAGUCCCUUCUUGUUCUCCUACUUAAUGAAUUCUGGCCUUCCCUGGUUCAUACUGGCUGCCACUGAUAGUAUGAAUUUUUGGUCACUGCAGUUCCCAUUCUUGCGCUAGGCUGGGUGCCUAUACCUACCUCUUGUGAUUUUUUUUCUUAAACUUUUAUUUCAAAAUGCGCAGUCUGUGGAGGAGGCUCAAGAGAGGUGUGGACCAAGUGGUGUUUUGGAGAGUGGAACUCAUCAACCCUAUAGACC